UUCACCUCGUUAUCUCAUUGGACUUUAUGCUAUUAUAUUCAAGUUAUUUGCUAUAGUUUAGAAGCUCUCGGUGAAUUGCAACCAUGAAUUUAAACAUGAAUAUGUUAUUGGUACUUGCAAUAUACGUAUGUGCGGCGUAUGGACAGAGUAACCCGGAGGACGACAUAUUUGACGAUUCUGGACCUACUGUUUAUACGACAGUACCACCAUCACCAGCAGCGCCCUCUGACUGCACACUGGCCGAUAAACAGCAGGGGUCCUGUGUGGCGCCGUCCUCAUGCAAGACACCAAACCAUGGCGAAAACCGAGUGCAUUUCAGGCAAAACAAUUGUCCAGAGAACACAAUGUGCUGUGUUCUAUCAGACAUCAUAUCUGUCACAAGUCGACACCAAACCCCGACACCUCCCAUUGAAGCCACCACUCCCACAGUCGCUCCUAAUAUUGGUGGUACUCAAGCACCUACUAAAGGUUGUGGCGUACGGAACCGUAACGGUGGUGGUGGAUUCAAGAUUAAAGACAAAAUCCAAAGAGCCAUGUUUGGUGAAUUCCCAUGGACCGUUGCAGUAUACGAAGUCAAACCCGACGGUAGCCUAAGCUAUACAUGUGUGGGCUCCCUAAUCCACCCACGCGUGGUGCUGACGGUAGCGAACCGCUUCCUUGAAGAGGACGUCACGUGGAAGGUCAGAGCCGGCGUCUUGGACUUGGAGAACAAAAGAAGGGCGCGAUACCUUGAUCAGUUGAGAGAUGUGGUGUCGGCAGUCACUCACGACUCAUUUGACUCUGGUAUCGGGAUAUACGACGUCGGCCUCCUGUUCCUAGAUUCAGAUAUUCUUCAAGACGUCCACAUCGACUACACCUGCCUGCCUGAACCGAGCGUGGUCACUGCUCCCGCCACUAAAUGCGUCGUCAGCGGAUGGGGCAGUGCUGAGUAUAUGGGGCCUAUGGAAAACGUACAGAAGGAGAUGAACUUGCCCGUGGUGGACCGUCAGACCUGUCAGACCAGUCUCAGGGCAGCACUGAAUAACCCGCAGUAUGACGUGGAUCCCACUCUUAUCUGCGCUGGCGGGAACGGCAAGGAUACUUGUACGGGAGACGGUGGCGCUCCCUUGGUGUGCCCAUACCCGGACGGGCGCUUCUACCAAGCCGGGAUCACAUCCUGGGGAUACUUGUGCUACCAAAAGGAUGUUCCAGGAGUGUACGUAGACGUGGCGUCUGUGAGGCCGUGGAUCGACGAGCAAGUCAAGGCCAAGGGAUACGAUACCAGCUAUUAUACUCAUUAAAUGAGAGAAACUAAUAAAUUAUGCAAAUUA